AUGAAGUCUCUCCGAGUCCUCCUCCUCGCCGUGCUGCCCGCCGCGGCAGCGAUGAAACCACGUGUCGCUCCGCAAAUGCAGCUCGCGUCGGCGCCGGCCGCCGGCCUUGCCGCCGCCGCCGCCCUCGCGACGGCGCUCCCCGCCUCUGCGGCGAGGAGUGGCGGCCGCGUCGGCGGCAGGGUGAGUGGUGGCGGCGGAUACCGCGGCGGCGGCGGCGGCGGCGGCGGGUACCGCGGCGGCUACGGCGGCAGCACAAACGUCUACGUCGCGCCGCCGAUGUCGCCCUUCGGGUUCGGCGGCUUCGGCUUCUCGCCCUUCGGGUACGGCUUCUCGCCGUUUGGCUUUGGCUUUGGCGUGCCGGCGCCGCUGCUGCUCCUCUUCCUCGGCGGCGCCGCCCUCACGUCUUUCCGCUCGGCCCGCGGGAUCGAGGCGUCCGACAAGGCGGGCGCCGCGCUGUGCCUGCAAGUCGCCUGCUACUGCGACGACCGAAACGACUCGCUGUACGGCCGCCUGCAGUCGGUGGCGCGGUCGGCCGAGACGCAGUCGUACGAGGGCCUGCAGCGGCUGUGCUCCGACUCGUGCCUCGCGAUGCUGCGCUCGUCCAAGGACUGGCUCGCCGGCCGCACCGAGAGCACGACGGCGGGGCUGCUCACCAACGACGUCGAGACGUCGUACAACCGCCUGGUCGUGCAGGAGCGCUCCAAGUGGGAGAGCGAGCAGGGCGCGCUCACGCGGUCCGCGCCGGGCCAGCCGACGUACAUGGUGGCCACGCUGGUCGUGCUGCUCCGCCAGGGAUCCGAGCUCCCGUCGGUCUCCACCGCCGCAGACUUGCGCGAGGCCAUCUCUGCGCUGGCGGCGGACGUGAGCGUCGAGGAUAACCUGCUCGCCGCGGAGCUCCUGUGGACGCCCGAGGACGGCAACGACGUCAUGGAGCGCGACGACCUCUUCCUGAACUUCCCCGAGCUGGUGAACGUGUGAGCGGCGCAGUGCGCACACACGGCCCGGCGCAGGCUGCGGACAGAGCGGCUCGCGCAGCAACGCAGCAACUCUUGUAGUGGUAGUGAGCUGUCUCAGCUCACAGGAGAACGAGGAACACCUUCGAGCGCGAACAAGCCGAACCCCCCGACCCCCCGGGCCGAUCUCUCUGAUUAGUAACAUCACGUGCGCGUAUUGGUUGUGAGAGAUACAGACGGCGCGACGCGGCCUAGAGCUCUCUCUGCACUCUGGUCUCUCGGUCUCUCUCCGUC